AGUCAUGAAUCAGAGGUUUGAGGAUUUUAUUAUAUCCGUGUUUUUGGCAUCUAUAGAAGUACAAUAAAUAAGUGGAAAGUCCGCGGUGCGCUCUUGAGCUUACUACCUACAUUACCGAGUUCAACAAUUGAGACUGCUAUUUUAGAUUGCGGCAACGAAACAUCGAAAGUCAGCAGACAGAUACCAAGCCCAAUCAGAUGAGACACUGACAUGAUUGUUGUCAUUUUUCUUGUCGUUUUGGGACUUGGCUCUUGCAGUUCAUUUGAACUGCUUUCUUCCAGAAAUGAUUGUGGAUAAGAUGAACAAGGAUGGUGCUUACCGAUAUGCCUUUUCAACGACUUGAAAUGUUCAUAUUUGUAUCGUCAAUCGAAACCCGGGCAGUCGUAAAAUAAUGCGUUCGAAUUGAAAUUUCUGUUCCCAAUAUGGUAAUAGAUGUGCCGCUGCGACUCUUCCACAUAACCGCAAAUUUAUUCGCUGCAGACGUAUCCUACAACCAAACCGAUGACCGGAAGUACCUUCCGCUGGUCAUGUACCGGCACAAGCUGAUCCAGCGGCAGAAGCGCUGCCUGAUGGUCUACUUGUACAAUCGCGUCCAAAAGCUGAAGAAGGUCCGCUGGCAUCUGGGCGCCACGCUGCCUGCCGACAUCAAGGCCAACCUGAACGAACCGGAGCUCCAGUGGUUCAACAGCUAUUCGAAGAUUUUAGCCAACUACAUGAUGACGAUCGGCGACGGCCAAGGCCUGAAUCUAACGAACGAUAUCAAACCCCCGAAGUCGCUGUUCAUCGAGGUUCGCUGUCUGACCGAUUACGGUAAGUUCGAGCUGGAAAGCGGGGAAAUCGUCCUGCUGAAAAAGAACAGUCAGCACUAUCUGCCAAAGCUGCAGUGCGAGGCGCUGAUUCGCCAGGGAAUUCUUCAGCACAUUGUUUGAUAUAAAGCAAUUAUUGGCGGUGUGUUGGACUGUGUAAGCAAACGAAAGGAUUGAAUGAAUUUACAACAAUAAAUACGCUUAUUU